UUGCAUAAUAGUUGAAGCUGCAAAAUAUUAGAAUUUAAAAUCAGAGAGUUUUAUAAAGAUAUAGCUUCAAACUGGAAUGAUUUGAUAAUCAAAUAUGGACCAGCACAACAUAAACACUGAAAAAAUCUAAACAGAAUUUACACAAUCAAACACUGGAUAAAAUACAAGUGCAAUUACUCUCUGCUAUCUGAACUGUAUCUACCAAAUGGUUUUCUUACAGUACUGAGAUCUUUGUCUCCAUACUGCAUGCUUUCAACAAAUGUGGUUUGCAUUUCACCCAGGAAACACGGAAACUCCUUUUCAAUAUCUAUAUAAAAAAGCUAAAUGUUUGACAAUAGGUUCUCUAUAGUAAAUAGCUGACAGGAAAAAACCAAAAAACGACAAAACUGUUCAAACUUGGAAACAAAUACAGAUUUAGAACGUCACAGUGGUAAAAUUCAUAUUAAAUUCAUGAGUUGGAAAUGCACAGAGAAGAGAUGGGCUUUGGAGAAAGGCAAGAUGGUAGAUUGAACUAAGAAAAUUUUGAAGUGGCUAAGAACUGCACAGCAGAAAUUAUUUCUUGAAUGUUUCUUGAAAAGUAAAGCAAUAAAGAUAGCACUGAGAGAAUGAAAGAUUCCGUGGUGGCCAGAGAUGUCAAGAGAACCCAUGGUGCAUUGUCCUCAGUUAUCUCAUCAAGAAGAAGGAGGGGCUAAGGAAAUGAGUGUGUAGAUGAAUGUGAUAAGCAAAGAAAUAGUUGGAAAGAAAUAUUUGGAAAUCAUGGCAUCCUCAGAGGUGAAAAAAAAAAAAUUACUUUAGCUACUAGGAAGAAAACAUUCAAAAUAAUGGUAGAUAAACAGUCAAGGACACUGACCACCUGAACUGCAGCAAAAUUUUGUGAGAAGCACAGACUGAAAAGAGUUGUUUAAGUGGAAAAAAUGAAUGAUGAAAAGAGUUAAGAUGGAAAAUGGUUAGAAAAUUCAAAAAGACUUCUUUCAAAGCGGGAAAAGCAAAUUGGUGUUUUUGGAGCUGGAAAAGUAAUCUGGAAAAAUUGUUUCUGCAAUGUCGAUGCAAGCAGAAAAUAUUAAAAGCACAAUAUUAAAAGAUAACUUUCUCCUCCACUUUUUCUUGAAAAUCAUCUUUGUAUUAAAAGGGCUACACAGAAACAUAUCUACUCCAAUGGACACAUUGAAUGACAGCAUGAACAUGGAGUGGAAUAAGAUGGUUACCAUAAUUCAUCAAAUAAAAUGGAAAUUAUGAUUGGAAAAAAUGACACUAGGCAAAGAGCAUUUAAGGCUACAAAAAGAAAGCUGUGGGAAAGAUUUGUUACAGUGACUGAAUAUCUCACUGUUGAAGGUUCAGGGAUCAGCCUGAAAGGAAGCCAGUUUUCUCAGAUAAUUUUUAGAUACUGAAGUAAGACCAGAGAUGUACUCUUCACAAAGAAUCACCAGUCAAGAUCGUUUACCUGCUGAAGGAGCUGAGGCACUCCACAAGAUUAAUUCAGUGAGGUGCAGCAAACUGUGGCUCAUGUGAUGGUCUGAAAAACCCUGCUUCCUCAUACAAAGCACAAUUUAAAUUGGAAACAAGGAUCAUGCAGAAGUUUGGGAACUUGAUCCCUGACAGAAUGUGUCUCUCAUAAUGUGUUUGAAAGGAGCAAACAUUUAAAGAACAGUAUUCAAAUAGAAUUUUUUCAUGUUUUAGUUAAAACUUUUAGUGAUGUGAUGAUAGAAUGUGGAAAAAAUGAAUUCUUCACUGCAAAUGGAAGAGUUUGGACAUUACUCUGAAGAGAAGGACCACAAUGGGAGAUAAACAGAGCUUGAGAUAAUCAAACCAGGUGUUGAUGAAGGAACAGAAAUUGGAAAGUGUGAUUCAUUUGUCAUAGAUGUAUUUUUGCUCAUCACUGCUUUGGAAAUGAAAUGUUAAGCACAAAUAUGGGAUGGUCAAAGCAUGUGGCUACAACAGUAAGCACACUGCAGAGACAGGAGAUGAAAGUGCUACAAAGUAGAAAAGGGCUGGGAACAGGUACAGUGUAUUAACUGACUAGAUUCAGCCCAUGCAAGAUGCUUGGCCUCAAUUUCACUUUCUGUGACACAGCAGUACAAGAGAAGGAAACAGAAAUAGAAGAUGCAAGUAUGCCCGAUGAACAAGUAAACAGUGCUGGAGAAGAGAAUUUGAACCUCAGAAUAAAAGAACUGGAAAAGUUGGAGCAAAAAUUGAGAGGCAUCCUUGAGGACUACAUGGAGUCAGAUUCUGCCCUAAGAAAUAGGAUGAAAGAGCUGGAGCUGUCACACAAAACUCUUAUUGUGACAAUUGAUCAACUAAAUGUGAAAUUGCACCAAGUUGAAAAUGCAAAUGUGCGUGUUAAAGGGAAACUGCGAGACAUUCAGGAGGACCUGAUCAGCUUGGCUGAAAAGCAAGAAAAGUCAGAGAAAAAGCAAAAGGAAAAAUUACGUUGGCUUCAGGAGCAGCUGAAGACAAAAGAAAAUGAAAUUAAAACCCAGUCAGAGUAUUUUGAGCACUACAAACAAAGGCAGAGACAACAGACAACAGUACUGAGAGAAAGAGAAUGUUACCUUCGAGGUCAAGUAUCUAGGCUGGAAAAGCAAGUCCUAGAUCUUAGCGCCCAAGUUAUUCUUUUGACAUCCGAGUUAGCACAAGAGAUGGUGCAGUAUCUCCAGCAGAAGCUGGAAUCACCGUUCAAUGGAACUGAAGACUCUAGACACUGUGAAGUGGAGGUAAUGGAACUGAAAACUUGCAUUGAAAAUAUGGAGCAUGACAUGAAAAGACACAUUGAGGCAUUUCAGAAAAAUCUGAAGUUCUUAAGGGAAAAAGAAGAAGAGAACAGAAGACAGCAAGCAGACCUGCUGACUGAACUCCAGUGCUCUCAGGACACUGAAGGCUUUCUCAGAAGAAAAUUAGAAGAAUCUUCCCAUCAUGUUUAUAGUUUGAAAUUGUCUGAAAUCAAACUACAGGAAAAAAUGGAAGAGCUUUUGGAUGAAAAUAGGGCUUUAAGAGAUCAAGGAAGGAUGAAGUUGAAAAAGGAGAAAGAAAAGGACUCACAGCUUAGAAGAUCGGAGAAUGGAGACAAUAGUGUUAACCUGAGUGGAGAUCUAAUCCAUGGUGACAUUGAAAAUAUGAAGUGUGGAGCAGUCUUGGAUUCACUCAGAAGCAGAGUUGCCUUAACUCCAGUUGUGCUGCUAUAUGCCAAAGAGUCUGAAACACCAGGCUGUAGCUGUGAUGGGGUAAAGCAGAUGGAGGAGCUACCAGAAGAACUUCUACCAGUUUUGGAGCACAAUUCCAGUGCCUUUGCAAAAGUUAUUGGUCUAGCUGAGAGUGAGCAGGUCAUCCUUGGAACAAAGACAGCAGGUACUCUAGAAGAGAGUUUAAUUUUGUCCAGAUGUGCCCCAAGUUAUUGUGCAGCAAGACUGACUCCUCCUUGCUCUGAGAAGUUAGCUAACAGUGAGAUAAGUAAGGAAACCAAAAAGGAAAACUCUUCUCUCUGGAAGGAACAAGCUACACAUUUGCCAGCAAAGAUGUCCUCUGUUUCUGUGUUUGAGGCUUUGACGAAGAAGAAGCGCCAACUUACCUUUCUAGAACCUGAGAGCUACCACAUAUCACCUGUCAAUACUGUCAAGAAAGUGAGGAGUUUGGAAUUCUGUGAAGUAAACACCAAUCUUUGCUCUGAUGGCCUCUGCCUUGUUGCAGAGGGAGGAUUUCCUGACAAAGAUUCUUCACUUCUUCAUGGAAAGAUGCCUUUCACUGUGACUAAAAUAUUCCUAUCAUCUCUAGAAAAAUACAGUGUGAGAAAACAUUGGGAAAACAAGCAAAUUCCUCCAAAAAACAUAAGUCUGGGUAAUGUUAUUAAUGAAAAGUAUUACCAAAAAAUCUUUAAAGGGACAUCUAAAAGAGAAGAAAUACAGAAUGGGGAAGCUCAAUCGCAACAGAUGACCUGUGUUCCUGACGAAAAUUAUAAAGUUUUAAAUAAAACUGAGUUGGGUAGGCCUGGGAAGCAAGGAAUAGAAGCCAAAGACAGCUUAGGUACCCCACUGGAUGUCCAAAAUUUAUCUGUUGAUUUUCAAGAUUUAAAGAAGCAUUUUGAAGGGAGACAUGAACUAAUGGAGAAACAAGGAAAUCUCUCACAAUUCUGCAUCUCUGACGUGAAUAGAGUAUAUAAUGGAGAAGACAUAAUAAACAUGGAGGACAAAGGAGAGCAACCUCAGGAAACAGCUCACCAAAACAACCUUUCCAACAUUAUUGGUCUAAAAGAAAAGAAAGAACAGACUCUGAAAUUAUGUGAACCAAAAGAAAAGAAUUCCUCAUGUCAAAACAUAGCUGCUGAAAACGUGCAAUGUGCAUACUCUCCGAAUUUUUUUUGGUCUAAAGGUGAGAGUUAUUCCCAAAACAUACUGUCUCCUGUGCAGGAGAGGGCUGUGAGCUUAAGAAAACCGUUCCUUCCAGGGAGUAAUUGUUAUGAGUGUUUCUGCCAUCUGUCACCACUGGAAGCUGAUAUUAAAUGUAAUGUGAAAAUAAAAGCAAUGGAAAAAAUGAUGGCUGUGUAUUCUCAGAAGAUAUUUCUACUAAUGCAAGAGAAUGAAAAUUACUCAAAAAAAGUCUGUAUAUUGCAACAAGAGAAUGAAAGAUAUGCUCAGAUGGUGCAUGCACGGGAAGAGGAGAUGGAUGCAUAUUUUCAAUACAUUUUAGCUGUACAUGAAGCUAACAUUGUUUCAUUCCAAAACUUACUUAAUGAGAAAGAAAUUACUGGUGAAUGUUUUAAUAACUUAUCGGAAGAAAACGUCAUUAGCCCAGGAGCAUUUUUCACUGAAACCUUUUCUAAGAACCUCUCAUGUGUUGAAGAGAAAAAUAGGAAUUCUGUAAAAGACUCAUUGACAAUAGCAUCAAAUAAAGUUCCCAGAAGUUUUUUAUCCCUGGAUGGAAGGAAAACAAGAUAUUUCCAACUGCUUUCUGACCUGAAAGAAGAAAGAAGCAGAUGCUUUAAGGAAAUAACUAAAUUGUUACAAGACAAGGAGAACUAUGUAGCAAAAUACAAUCAAUUAUUACAAGAGAGAAAGGAAAAUUUACAAAAAAUCUCUCUUUUAGAAGGUGAAAAAGAAACUUUAUUGGGAUGUUUAGCAGAAUUCAAGUGUGAACAAGAUAAACACAAGACCUUGGUUUCAGAACUUCAAGAGUGGAAAAACAGCUGUUACCAAACUAUUUCUGAUUUACAGGAGGAAAAAUAUGUACUGAAAAGAGAAAUAGACAGAAUCCAGAAAGAAACUUCAAAACAGCUGGAUGAAUUUCAGAAAGCAAAUGCAAACAUUAUUUUAGAAAAUAAAGAAUUGAAAGAAUUAGUGUCAAAGGAAAAGAAAAUAAAACUAGAACAAUGUCAGCACAAUCUUAAGCCAAAUAAAAUGGAAACAACAUGUAGUGUAACUCAGACUGAAGGAGUUCUGGUUAUAGACUCUUCAAACUGUUUUCCUGGUAAAGAGGGCAGCAUGUUUGAAAGCUACAGUGUGAUGAAAGAGCAAGUUGAAAAGACAAAAGAGGAACUAAAAGUACAAGAAAAUGAAUUGGAAAAAUCAAAAAAAGAGGCUCAGAAGUGGUACAGAGAACUUGGCUUUGCUGAAACAAGGUAUGAAGAAAUUGAAACUCGUUUGAAACAGACUCUCUCAGAAUUAGAGUAUCUUAAACAAGAAGCUGGGUACAAAAUGCUUGGAAAGCAUCGGUGCAGAUUAAUGCCCGUGUGCACUGUGAAAGAUUCCCAGGAACCAGAGGAGAACAAAAUAGUCAAUAAGAGAUUACAGCAGCAAGUGCUGACCUUGAAAGCCCAGCUCAGGGACCAGGCCACAUUAGAAAAUCAGUAUGGCAACUUGCAGAAUGAGGUGGAACUCCUUCAGGCUCAGCUAUCUGAAAAGGAAAAAGAACUUCAGAAGAGAAAGUCUGAAAUGAAGUUGACAUUAGCUCCUCUGAAGGCUAAGCUGGCUUGCCUCACGAGAAAGUGCCAGGAAAGGAACAGCUUCAUUACAAGGAUGCAUGGAGAAUUUCACAGGCGAGGAAUCAACAACUCUGCAUUUGAUGAAGAGGUGAAAAAGUUGGUGAAUGAUGUGGUCUUGGCAGAAUACAUCAUCACUUUUACACCGAUGCAUGAUCAACAGAUGCUGCCUUCUUUAACAGACAUUUCACAGCUAGAGGAUCAGGAGAUAUAUGUGAAUAUGAACAGGAUGACUGCAUCAAUAACUGAAAACUGUCAGGAAGAGGUGGAUAGCAUCCACAGUUCUCCUACCACCCCAGAUGUGUAUGCUGCUUCUCCUAUAAAAUUAACAAGUCCAGAGAGCAUUGUAGCCUUACAUCGAGAACUAAGACAAAGCCAUCACAAAAAUUGCCAGAUACCUUCAGCUGUCUCCUCCAACUCAAAUCCAAAUGACUGCAACCUGCCCAUGAACCAUGAGGAAGCCCAUUUGCCUCUGCUGUCAAGGAUGCAAGAUGCACUCGUGCCUCCGGAGCGUAAUGCUUUCUGGGCCACAAAGGGGAGGGAUUGGCUGUCGAAAUGUGAUGAUGUAUUUUGGGGUCAAAUAGGAAAUCAGCACGCAGGUGCUACUCCCCAGGGAAUGAAACAGAAAAAUGCCAUUAUGAAUAAGGCAUGGCUCUCUAGAGAAAAAACAGAUGGCUCAACCUCAGCUACCACAGCAAAAAGCUAUUUGUCAGACGUGUUGUCAGCAAGUAAUAAAGGUCGAAAACCUAUGGGGAGAAAUCAGCUGCACGGGAAAGAAUAAAACCCACAGAAGGUAAAGCAUCUUAGCAAUAUACUUUUCCCUUUGUUACAAAGGUACUAAUCAUUUUUAUAAACAAAGAUCUUUGACUGGUUAGCAUGGCCUAGCAUCUAGUUUGAGAUGACUGGAAAAUUUACACGAAAAAGAGAUGUAAUACUUCUUAUCAUCAAAAUUUCUUAGAACAUUGGAGGCCACUGAAACCUAUGGAUUUUUACAUAACCGGGCUGCCUCCUCAUUUUCUUUUCAAUGCUUGUUUAUGAUUUGCUUUUCUUUGAACUGAGACUGUGAAAUAAUCUAUUAAAUCAUUUUUACUUGUAUGUAUAA